UAGUCCAUGCAGGCCAUGGCCGGGAACUCGGGCCGGGCCGGGCCGAACGUCCACCGCAUCUUCCCCGAGUCCCCCCGGUUCUCCCCGUCUCCGCUCCCCCACUGCUGCCACCACCGCUCCGGUCACCUCCCCCAUCGCCGGCUUCCCCUUCGCGCACGGUGCCACUCCCCGAGCCCCGCCCCGCCCGCCGCGGCCAUGCUCCUCUCCGGGCCGUCGCCGCAGCAGCCCACCCCGCCGCUGCUCCUCCCGGAGAGCAGCGGCGAGGACGGCGGCCACGACUCCUCCUCCCGCGCGGCGGCGUCGGGCGGCGGCGGCGGCCCCAAGAAGCGCGCGGAGACGUGGGUCCAGGACGAGACCCUCUGCCUCAUCGCGCUGCGCCGGGAGAUGGACUCCCACUUCAACACCUCCAAGUCCAACAAGCACCUCUGGGAGGCCAUCUCGGCCAGGAUGCGGGAGCAAGGGUUCGACCGCUCCCCGACCAUGUGCACCGACAAGUGGAGGAACCUCCUCAAGGAGUUCAAGAAGGCGCGCAGCCACGCGCGGGGCGGGGGCGGUGGUGGCGUGGGCGGCGGCGGUGCGGGCACCGGCGGCGGGAAUUGCCCCGCCAAGAUGGCGUGCUACAAGGAGAUCGACGACCUGCUCAAGCGCCGCGGGAAGCCGACGGGCGGUGGCGGCGCCGCCGUGGGGAGUGGCGCCGUCAAGAGCCCCACGGUCACCUCCAAGAUCGACUCCUACCUGCAGUUCGACAAGGGUUUUGAAGAUGCUAGCAUUCCGUUCGGCCCUGUUGAAGCAAGUGGUAGAUCAUUGCUAAGUGUCGAAGAUCGACUAGAACCUGAUAGUCAUCCACUUGCAUUAACAGCUGAUGCAGUUGCAACCAAUGGUGUAAAUCCAUGGAACUGGAGAGACACCUCUACCAAUGGUGGAGAUAAUCAGGUUACUUUUGGUGGGAGAGUCAUUUUAGUCAAGUGGGGUGAUUACACUAAAAGAAUAGGCAUUGAUGGUACUGCAGACGCAAUUAAAGAAGCCAUCAAAUCGGCAUUUGGUCUAAGAACAAGACGGGCCUUUUGGCUUGAAGAUGAGGAUGAGGUUGUCCGUUCCUUAGACAGGGAUAUGCCGGUUGGAACAUACACCCUUCAUCUCGAUACCGGAAUGACCAUCAAACUAUAUAUGUUCGAAAAUGAUGAGGUCCGGACAGAAGACAAGACAUUCUACACUGAAGAGGACUUCCGAGACUUUCUCUCGCGGCGUGGUUGGACACUCCUCAGGGAGUAUUCAGGCUACAGAAUCGCCGAUACUCUGGAUGACCUUCGUCCUGGUGUGAUUUAUGAAGGGAUGCGAUCACUUGGUGAUUGAUUUGGUGACAUUGCCUGACCAAGGCAUAUAAUAUAUCCAAAGUAGAUAUGGAGCAUACUCCUACCUUUUAAUGCAAUUUGAAGCCAAGCAAAUCAUGGGUUCCUGGUUAUUGUAAAUUUAGCUUUUGGCAUCUUGACCUAAGCUAAUUUUAAAUGUCCAUGCAGCCGAAGGGGAAAAGUUAUACUGGAUAUACAUUGGUUACCCGAAGUAAAUAGCCUUGGAAGUUGGAACUUGAAAGUUGGAAAUAUGAUCAUUCAAGCUCUCUGAAGAUCCAAGGUGCUUUGGCUGAGUACAAAGAUUACAGCCUAAAUGAGGACCUGUUAGUUGCUGCCAACAGGUCCUGGGGUUCCUCUGGUUUAUAUGUAAAUGUAAAUGUAGCUCUGUAGCAUCUUGGUGUUAGUUAGUUUCCAAUGUGUUUGUUACCCAUGCUGAUACUGGGUUUUACAUUUGUCACAAAUAGUCUUGGAAGCUGGAAACAAAUACAUUCAUCAGAAGUGUAAUUUGUCCGGACAACGAAGGUUGUCUGGCAAAAUGUAAGAUUUCUGAUGGAUUGUUGCAAACAGCCUUGGAAGUUCCGAAGCUGGAAUAAAUUCAUUCAGCAGAAGUGCAUUUUGUCUUGA